AUGAGAUCGAGGAAUCAGAACAUCACGACACAAGUGACCGAGUUCAUCCUAAUUGGCUUCCAGCUUUCUAGGGCCACAGAACUCCUUCUCUUCUCAGUCUUUCUAGUUGUCUUUUUCUUUACUCUUGCUGGAAACCUUACCAUCAUCAUCCUGGUAGGCAUGGACCAGCGCCUCCAAACCCCCAUGUACGUCUUCCUCUGCAAACUCUCUUGUUUGGAGAUCUUCUUUCUCCUUGGUAUCAUUCCCAAGAUGCUGAUGAACCUGCUUUCCUCACACAAAUCGAUCUCUUACUUGGCCUGCAUCAUUCAAUGCUAUUCCUAUUUCUUCUUUAGUACCUGUGAGAUCAUCCUGAUUGCCGUGAUGGCCUUUGACCGCUACAUCGCUAUCUGCCAUCCGCUGCGCUACACAAUCAUCAUGAAUGCACAGGUCUGUAUGACUCUCAUGUUGGGCUGCUGGAUUGCUUCUUUUGUGAGUACUUUUGGGCCACUUUUUUUCCUGACCAAACUGUCCUUCUGCAGCUCUAAUGUUAUUGAUCAUUUCUUCUGUGACUAUGCUCCACUGAUCAAGCUUUCUUGCGAUGAUGUAGAUAGUCUCCUGACUCUGGCAUCUAGCCUCUCUGGUCUGGUGUUACUCAGCUCUUUGUGUGUAACUAUUGUCUCUUACCUCUACAUAAUUGUGACUGUCUUGAGGAUGCAGACCAGUGGCAGUCGUAAGAAGACUUUUUCAACCUGUGCCUCUCAUUUCACGGUCGCUUCCAUCCUCUACGGCAGUGCCAUCUUCAUGUAUUCUUUGCCCAGCAAGGGUCGGUCUCGGAAUGCCCAGAAAGCUGUGGCAGUUCUUACUGCUGUGGUUACCCCGUUACUGAACCCUUUUAUUUACACUUUGAGGAAUGAGAAAGUCAAGGAUGCUUUCCGAGACUGUUUGCAGAGGCACAAACGUAUUUUGUGA